UAGGUAGAUGUCAGUUAAAGCUGAUGGAGGUGCGGAUUGGCUUGUUUCUGCCCGCGGGGCUGCAGGCUCCUCCUCCCUUCCUGAGUCCUGAGCUUGUUGCAGUGUGCGCUCUCAGGUUACGCAUGUGAAGUUGUGGACUGGAGGAUAUCGAAGACACGCAGCCACUUAGAGUAGGAGGAAAGUAGAUGCUCUAUUCUGACGUUUCACUCUGUAAAUCUGGGAAAUACAACCAAGCAGCGGUUGGGAAACAGCAAGAAAACGAGUUUGUGACAUUUAACUGGGAGACCAAGCAUACCCAACAGUAUGCGGUGCAGUUAUGGCAGGCAAUGGUAAGACAGUCGUGAGGACGCUGGAGGAUUUAACGCUUGAUUCUGGUUAUGGUGGAGCCGCGGACUCGGUCAGGUCGUCCAGCGUGUCGUUGUGCUGCUCCGACACGCAUCAGUCCAUCGUGCAUGGGGAUAACUGCUGGCAUCUGACAGAGUCCAUGCACAGCAGACAGAACAGUUUGGAGACAGUCAACACCGUCCUGGCGGAGGACACAGACAUACUGGAGUGCUCGGGUCAGUGCGCCAAGCUGCCCGAGCUGGAGGACGUGCCAUGGAGCCUUGGCGAGGUGGAGGGCGCACUGAGGAAAGACGAGGAGCUGAUGGUGGGCGACCCUCCACCCGAGGUGCUGGCACGGCUCUCCGCUCUCAUCAGCCGCGCUCUGGUGAGGGUGGCCCGGGAGGCGCAGCGGCUCAGCCUGCGCUACGCCAAGUGCACCAAACACGAGAUCCAGAGCGCAAUCAAGGUGGUGCUCUCAUGGACCAUCUCAGUGAAUUGCAUCACGGCGGCCCUCAGCGCACUGUCCCUCUACAACAUGAGCACCGGGGACAAGUUCAGCCGCGGGAAAUCGGCGCGCUGCGGGAUGGUGUUCUCGGUGGGAAAGUUCUUCAGGUGGAUGGUGGAUAGCCGGGUGGCGCUCAGAAUCCACGAACACGCUGCCAUAUACCUCACCGCCUGCAUGGAGAGUCUGUUCAGAGAGGUGUUCAGCCGCGUGCUGCGCAGCGCGCUCGUGGAGAGGGACAACGGCGUGCCCAAGUUUACGCUGGAGUCUCUGGAGCAAGCCAUCAACAACGAUUCUGAGAUCUGGGGGCUGCUGCAGCCAUAUCAGCACCUCAUCUGUGGGAAGAACUCAAGUGGUGUGCUGACCCUGCCCGAGAGUUUGAACCUGCACCGCGACCAGCAGCGCUCAGGGCGGGGGGGUGAAGGUCAGGGUUACUCACAGGCCGAGCUGCGCACACUGGAACAGUCGCUGCUCGCAACCCGGGUGGGCAGCAUCGCAGAGCUGAGUGAUCUGGUAUCCCGGGCUAUGCACCACCUGCAGCCCCUGCACAUCAAGAACUCCAGCAACGGGACUCCAGUCCACCAGAAGACCCCCAACACCACGGUGCACUGGGAGCCCGAGGCCCUCUACACCCUGUGUUACUUCAUGCACUGCCCGCAGAUGGAAUGGGAGAACCCCAACGUUGAGCCCUCCAAAGUCACCUUACAGACCGAGAGGCCGUUCCUGGUGCUGCCUCCACUGAUGGAAUGGAUCAGGGUGGCGGUCGCACACACAGAGCAUCGAAGAAGCUUCUCUGUGGACAGUGACGAUGUGAGGCAGGCCGCCAGGCUGCUGCUCCCCGGAGUGGACUGCGAACCGCGACAAAUAAAAGCGGAGGAUUGUUUCUGUGCUACCAGGAAGCUGGACGCCGCCUCCACAGAGGCCAAGUUCCUGCAGGACCUGGGCUUCAGGAUGCUCAACUGCGGACGGACGGACCUGGUGAAGCAGGCCGUGAACCUGCUGGGUCCUGAUGGCAUCAACAGCAUGAGCGAACAGGGGAUGACCCCCCUUAUGUACGCCUGCGUCCGCGGUGACGAGGCCAUGGUUCAGAUGCUGCUCGACGCCGGCGCCGACAUCAACAGUGAGGUGCCAAGCACAGUAAACAAGCACCCCUCAGUUUAUCCUGAAACGCGCCAGGGGACGCCUCUCACUUUCGCCGUGUUACACGGACACGUGCCUGUUGUGCAGUUGCUGCUUGAUAACAGAGCGAAUGUGGAGGGCGCCCUGCAGGAUGGGGCAGAGAACUACACAGAGACCCCGCUUCAGCUGGCUUCUGCUGCAGGUAACUUUGAGCUGGUGAGUCUGCUUUUGGAGAGAGGGGCCGACCCGAUGAUCGGGACCAUGUGUCGAAACGGCAUCUCGUCCCUCCCGCUGGGCGACAUGAACUCAUUCAGCCUGGCAGCAGCACAUGGCCACAGGAAUGUAUUUCGAAAGCUCCUGUCCCAGUCAGAGCAGGAAAAGGGCGACGUGCUGUCCCUGGAGGAGAUCCUGGCCGAGAGUACAGACCACGGGGAGAAGAGGUUGGCGCCGCAGGCCAACGGAGGAGGGACGUUGCGAACAGGAAAGGCCAGACUGAGGGCCCUGAGAGAGGCCAUGUACCAUAGCGCAGAGCACGGCCAUGUGGACAUCACCAUAGACAUCCGCAGCUUAGGUGUUCCCUGGACGCUGCACACCUGGCUCGAGUCCCUGCGUACCUGCUUCAUGCAGCACCGCCGACCGCUGAUUCAGGGCCUGCUCAAAGACUUCAGCUGCAUCCAGGAGGACGAGUACACCGAGGAGCUGAUUACGCUCGGCCUGCCGCUCAUGUUCCAGAUCCUCCGGUCCAGCAAGAACGAGGUAAUAAGCCAGCAUCUGUCAGUGAUUUUCACCCAGUGCUACGGACCCUUCCCCAUCCCCAAGCUGACAGAGAUCAAGAAGAAGCAAACCUCGCGCUUAGACCCCCACUUCCUCAACAACAAGGACAUGUCUGAUGUAACUUUCCUGGUGGAGGGGAAACCAUUUUAUGCACAUAAAGUGUUGCUGUUUACAGCUUCAGCCAGGUUCAAGUCGCUGCUUCAAAACCGACCAGCAGCAGAGAACACCUGCAUCGAGAUCAGCCACGUCAAGUACAAUAUUUUCCAUCUGGUCAUGCAGUAUCUGUACUGUGGAGGCACUGAGUCUUUGCACAUACGCAACACUGAAGUGAUGGAGCUCCUCUCUGCUGCCAAAUUCUUCCAACUUGAGGCCCUACAGAGACACUGUGAGAUCAUCUGCUCCAAGAACAUCACCACGGAAACCUGCGUGGACCUCUACAAGCACGCCAAGAAUAGUAAAAACCCCUCAUCUCUUACACCACAGUUCCUUGGUGCCACGGAGCUGACAGCUUUCAUCGAGGGCUACUUCUUGAAGAACAUGGUUCUGCUGAUUGAGCUGGACGGAUUCAAGCAGCUGCUGUAUGAGCCCCCCCCACCAGAGAGCCCCGCCUCAAGCCCCGGCAUCUGCUCCGACAUCCUCCUGGACCUGGAGAAGACUCUGGCCACCCGCAUCCACUCCAUCCACCUCUCCACCUCCAAGGGCUCCGUGGUGUAAAGCCCUCCGAUCCAGGCACAGCGUCCAUGUAACACCGCCUCCAGCAUCCAGCCACACCUGUCCCGCCCCCACUUCUCAGGGGCGGGGGGGGGGGGGGGCUGUUGGAGGUUUUUAUGUCAGUCAGGGAUUCCCUUUAAUUCUGCCUGUUGCAGCCCCCCCCCCCCUCUUUAGGGAUAAAAAUGGCAUACGUGACAAAAUCAGAGAGAGGACUUUCUCUUCUUGUCAGAAGAAUACUGUCAAAGACAACUCAGCAGUCUCACUUAGACCUAAUUGUGAUUAUGAAAUUCAUAUAGGAUACAUGCAUGAAUUCAUUCUGUACACCUUUUUUCUCUUAAAAAGGUUCUAGUAGUAGAAUUUUCACUCAAUAAAAGCAGCUUUCUCAUCAUCUCUGAUAUGAGACUUUAGGUUUACAAACAUCAUCUUAUGGAAGCGGAUGCCAUCGCAGUAUAGUUUGACACAUGCCAAAAUAUAAUCCUACUAUACAACCAAUAAAAGUGACUCGUAGCAAUGCCAGCAGACGGACUUUAGGUGGACUUAUUUACAUUUCUGUCACUUCUAUGUUGGAUACGUUUCACUGUGUUAUAUCUACUGUGUGCAGAGGCCAAACUGAUCACAGGAACUUCCACCGCAUCCUUCACUGCAGGGCGGAAGUUUCACCGCUCAGUGAAAUCUAUGCUGACGUAUGCUUGAAACACGGAUGUCCAACUGGGAAAUUAACUUGUGUUAACUCCACGAACACUGUUCUUUGCAUGACACCUCCUCAACUGAGCUGCCCUGAUAUUGCUUUUUAUGCAGAGCUUUCUUCACGGACUACUUUCGCAGAGGGGGGAGAAGGGGAAAACGCUGCUUAUUAACUUUCUACCCUCUGCAAAACUGACUGAGCUGAGAUGGAUUUGGAUUGGCAGGGACUUUAUUUAAAGCAAAGUGUAAAUACGUCCUUAAAGUCAUCGUGCUGGUCGUUCUUUUUGUAAACUGAUGUACAGUAUACUCCCCCUCUCGUUUGGCUGAUGACACCGGUCUCACUGAAUGUUCUCCUGAACAGUUUGUAUGUGUCUGUUGAUGCAAACGUUGCAUGUCUAAUCUGUUUGUUUGAAUCCUCCGUUUCGCUUUAGGUGUGCUUUCCGUGUAGAUGGGUAGGCUGAGCAGCGUGUGGAUUGUUCCGGAAAAAGACCAGUCAAAAGACCAUCCAUUACUUUGCUUUUUCUGACGCAUUUCCUCAGAUCAGGGUAGGUCACAAAGAUGCAUUUAAAAGUCACUUUUUGGUUUUAGGCUUCACCAGCUGAAUUUCUCAAUCACAUCGAGGAUAGGUUAAAUUCCAACACACUGUAGGCACUGAAUUUAUUAGAGACACAGUUAUUUUGACUCAUACGUGUAGUGCAUCCCUUCCAUUUGCUUUAACCAAACUUUCAAAUUGUAUGUAAAUAUGUAUGGAAACGCCCUAAAUUUCUAAGGUUCCAAGGUUUCUACUGUUACAGUAGUUAGAAAAACGUUGCGCCUCUCGCCAUGCCAAACAGACAAAAUACGAACAUGAUUUUUCCGAAACCAAAUUGAUUUAGUUAAAAUUGUAGGCCUAAACAUAAACAAACAGGAUUGUUACAUUACCAAGCAGUCUCCAAUGUGUCUAUGUUCAGUAACAUAGCUUUUUUUUUUUUAAACAAGCCUUUUUUAAUUAAAUACAAAAUGAAGAAAAACAAUUCUCUGACCGGCAGCUCCUCACACCUUGCAGCUUUGACCCUUAUUAGUCAUCAAAUGUACAAUGUAUAACAACACAUCUUUAUAUUCAACCAAAAAUACAGGUCCAAAUGUCAAACACCUGAGACUAUUGCCAUGUCAACUAUUAAUACAAAUAAAAUACUUAAAAGAAGACAAACAAUAAAUAUUCAAAUAGAGAGGCAGAUCUGACAACAGCCAGUCCAAGUUUCAUAACCAGGUUUCAUUUGUAUUCAACCUGUUUUAACAAAUAAUGGUUGUCACAUUCAGAUGUUUAUAUAAAUUAUUAAUGGGACAAUGGUUCCAGGCGUUUUGUUAUCUGUCUCAGGUGUGACAGUUGCUUCCUUUAUAUUUAGCAGUUAGAGCCAGCGGCUUCAGAAUAAAGAUGUGUUAAUAAUGUGAAUCCUGGGAAACAUCUGCUACUGAAAUAUUGUGUCUUUGAUAAACUCAGUGCAGGAAUUCAAACUUUUUUUCCACAUAAUAGCAUUUUUCUACACACCUAUCAACUUAUGUGGAUUAUAUAAUGCUAAUCACAUCUGAGGGACCAAAAUGUUAAACUGGCCACAUUUCUUUUCAGCAGCAGCCUUUACCAUGAGCCCAAUCACCAUCUGUAUUUAGGAGGAAUCCUUGAACCUACUGUAUUUUAUUGAAUGUAACAAUGCAACAGAGGUUUAAUAUUUACAAAAUGUGCAAUAUCUUCAGUCCAGCAGCAUACCAAAAAAAUGAAACAUCCUUUUGUUUCCAGUGUCUCCUGUACCCUCAUAAUUUGUGAUUUUGUUUCUACAGGAAUACCACUCUACCUUUAGACAAAUCUUAAAAUAUUGUAGCACACUCAAAAUGAAUAAAUUAUAUGUAUGUUAGGCCAAACAAGAUUUUAACAGAAACAUAUAGGCAUAUAACAGUUAGAUUUAAGCUCUGUAAAUAGUUACAGAAGGUGAAAUAUAGAUAUUAUCCUACGGCUUUAUUUUCUUACCUGCAUACAUAGCACUAUAUUUUAUUUUACAUUCCACAGCUAUUUUGUUUUACAAAAGUUAUAAAAAAUUAUAUAAAAAGAUGCUUUAAAGCUUUGAAAUUAAGCAAUAUUUACAUGAAACUGUAUUACAGUGAAUUAUAUGCCACAGGAUAUUGAGCUACAGUAUAAAUGUGAAUUGAACAACACAUCACAAAGACAAAUGAGUGACUGAAAAACCCCUGAAUAUAAUAGUUGUGUUUAUAUUUUUGUGACAUCCCACUGAUUUUAUUUUCAAAUGUAUUUCCCUCAUUUAAAAAGAAAUUGUCUAACUUGUAGGGUGCCAGUUUGUUGAUUUAACACUGGGAAGCUGAAAUAAUCAGCAUUUACCUUUAUACUGAAUCAUCACACGUUCCCGCCUUUUAACUGAACCAUGCUAUUUAAAAGGUAAAUGUAACUUAAAGAUGCAAACCAUUUUGUCUUCACUGAGAUAAAAAGGUUCAUAAUGAUGUCAAGCACUUUUUGUGCAAGUGUUACUCACACACGUUCAGAAGCAUUAUAACAGUGAGCUUAGACUUGUUGUGAUAAACCGCAGCUGAAUAUGGCUUUAGAGUAAGAGAGCAAGCCAGAAUCUUUGUUUUAUUUAGUCUUAAUGUGAUGCUAUUAAAAAGGCUAACGUUAGCUUGCCCCUGUGCUGCCAUUUGAUUAGAAACUGGGUCAAAGCCGUAGAGUAAAUGUGGGUUUGCAUGGCUGUUCUUGUUUAAUGUUGUUGAGAAUGUGCUUUGUACACCAGCUUUGUCAAACAACACUCUCCUCUUAGUUUGUCUGAGCAUUUAUUUGCCUGCGUAUUUGUUCCUGGUAAUAAACAACACUUCUCCUAGACGCAGUGGAAACAUGCAUGGGAUAUUCACCAGAUUUCAAAUCAAUGAGGGGAACGGGGGGUCAACUUUUUUGCUAUUAUUUUUUCCUUUGAUGAGAACAUGUAUAUUGUACAAAAUAUAUAUAUGAAAUAUAAAUUAUACAUGGUGUGAGAAGCAGGGAUGUGGUAGAGUAUAACAACACAGAGGAAUGUUACACUCAUGCUGCAGUUUCUGUUGUUCCAUGACAUGCUUUUGUGGACAGCUAAUAAAUGACCAGAGUUUAAA